AUGGGUCUCCCGGCAAUGUUGUCGGGCUCAGAGUUCACUGACAUGCUGUCGGAGACGCGCAGAGCCGUUGACCAGGGCCGUCGCAGAUCCUCGACAUCUCUCGACGUCGAUCGCAAAGGUUCUGUCCUGGAUCGGACGUCCAUGUUCCCACAGCCAACAAGCGCGGACACAUCUAAGACACCGACUAGGACCAGCUACUUGACAAGCGAUCAUGUGGCACCUCGGCCGCCGGUUUCCGAACACCGACAUACGGUUGGCCCGGAGAAGACAGAAAAGAUAUGGUCCAUCGGGACCGGUGAGGACUCGGAAGAGGGCGGAUUGGUCGAGAAAUCGGUCGCUGAGGCGAUGGCGGGCGUGGAGCACAACGCGCGCAGCAGAAAGGCUAGCUACAGCCUUCGAUUUUUCAAGGAAGGUCUGCCGCCAGGUGAUAAGGUUCGCCGCCGCGAUACCAAGAGCAGCACCAGGGAGAAGCUAGCUUCCACCUCAGAGGAGAGCCCACAGAAACAGCAACCAUCUCGAUCGCCUUGCGAACAUCACCGUCCACCACAAACGCCACUCAAUCUCGAGGAGCCGCCCCUAUCCAGCUCGGUCUCGAUGCCCCAAACGGCAGCGUCAUCCAGCUUGACAGACUAUUUCAGUCUUGGUUCUCAACAGCCAACUGUGGGCGAAGACAACGAGACUGCAGCGUCUACAGACCGGCCACAAGCAAAGCGACACCCGACUGAAGAGGGAACAUUGGAAAAGGCUCCUUCAUCGUUGGCCGGGGAGAGGAUUCCGGAACAUACUGCUGAUUCGGAAACCUGUCAUCAGGAAGAAUCGGAUCGGGAUCCAGAUGCAGAUGAAUCUGGUGAAGAGAAGAUUUCCUCUGCUGUUUUCGUACCGCACCAUGACAAGCCUCGUCCUAGCGAUGUUGACAGCUCCAAAGGGGUCUAUUCAAAGCCAAGAUCGUUGUCUCAAGACGAGACAAAUCCCUGGUUGGUGAAAGCCGAUGAACCGGAGCCAGAGCUUGUUGAUAAGGAUGAGGUGUCGAGCCAUAUCUCAAAAUAUCGCUCCCGUGAGAGUCUUGUGGCUAACCGCGACGAUAUCUCAUCGGUUCUGUCCGAGGAUGUAGCUGUUGAAGGCGAUCACGAAAUGUCCAAUCAGCUGGCGCAAGCUUUCGCUCGGACCGGACUCGUUCAGCAGGAUGAUACCAACAAUCGUCCUUCCCAUUCCCCGCAGCCACUCGAAGCCAUCGAACUGAUUCCUUACAAACACCAAGUUGGAGGGCACACUACACUGUGGCGCUUUUCGCGUAGAGCUGUAUGCAAGCAAUUAAACAAUCGCGAGAAUGAGUUCUACGAAAUCAUCGAGCGUUACCAUCGUGACCUCUUACCCUUCCUGCCUCGGUAUAUCGGCGUGUUGAACGUGACGCUUCAGAAGCAACCACGACGCAGGAGCACAUCUAAAAAGGAAGAAGCCUCUGCCGCUGAGCGCAAGAAAGCCAAAGAGACCAUCAACGAGGAUGAGACUUCACAAGCCAAGGCUCCGACUGAAGAAGGCAAACCGCCAGGUAGGACGGCGCGAGUUGUCAGCCACUCGAUGGGCCGUAGCAGCAGCAUGCAGAUACCGACAGUGUCAUUCGACAACAAUCGGCAUAUUCUUCCUCGCAACCUCCUGCAACCUGAAGUGACCGGCGAAGCAUAUCGUCGACGCAGCAUCUCCACAACGAGGGCUGCAAGCGCGGCCCCUGAACUCACGCUGGAUGCCCCCACGACUCGGCCGCACAUGGACGAGCGCCCGAACAGCUGGGGCGCGACGACUGUCAACAAGCGGUUGCGGAACGAAGUAUUCAAUGACGCCUUUCUGAAAGAACCUGUUGAGGUGCACAGGCACAGACCACCGCACCAACGGUCCAUUCCUCGCACAACUUUGCAGCGGCUACUUCGGUCGAGUAAUUCCGAUCCCAAUCUGGCACAAGAAAGAACGACAUCACCUGCUCCCCAAGCCGAGCAGCUAACAGGACACAAUGGUACCCAUCACAACGGUCUGCACACGCCGCAAACACCGCCUAGCCUGCACGGAUACACGCACAGCGAUCUCGGGCCCCGCCAUGAUCUCUUCGCCGAUGGAUACAGCGCGGAUGGUGUCGAGGUGAAAGAUUUGAGCGGGACUAGUGCGCCGGAGUCUGAAGCCUUCAAAUGCAGCCCCUUGGCAGUGAAACGGAAACGCAGAUAUUCGGCGGGAGGGUUGAGACGGAAGCCGCAAGAUGUACAGGAAUCUCGGGGCAACCUGAAGUACUUUGAAGAAGCCGAUGACGCGGGGCACAAGCUCGACGGGGAGGGCAUGACUUGGAAAGAUUUGCAGAAAUCGAAUGAAGCGACAGGCCACGUCAUCGCCACCAUCGAGCAGAUUGCCGAGUCCGGGACAGUGGAAGAAAGCUCGGGACUUGACGACAUGACAGCCUCAGAGGAAGUCAUUGAGAGAGUCCCGAGGCCGGUCAACCCCAAGGAAGCAAAGUGUCAACGUGAUCGAGUGGAAUACUUCCUGUUACUAGAAGACCUCACGGCUGGUAUGAAGCGUCCGUGCAUGAUGGAUCUCAAAAUGGGCACACGGCAAUACGGUGUCGAUGCUUCACCAAAGAAGCAACAAUCCCAACGGGAAAAAUGCCGCACUACGACGUCAGGAGAACUGGGUGUACGGAUAUGUGGUCUUCAAGUGUGGAACGCGCAAACCGAAUCCUACGACUUUCAAGACAAGUACUUUGGGCGUCGCCUCGAGGUUGGCGAUGAGUUCCAGGCUGCGCUUCAGAAGUUCCUAUACAAUGGUGUCGACCUGCACAGUGUGCUGAGACACAUUCCAGUGGUUCUGAAGAAGCUGGCGCGCCUGGAGCAAGUCGUCAAAGGCAUCCGGGGUUACCGGUUCUACGCGGCUAGUUUGCUAAUGUUUUACGACGGGGAUGUCGCCUCGGACGAUGCGACGGAUAACGACACGGCCAACGACUCUAUGACCGAUGCGGCGACGGAUACGGAGGAGACGUCGCGACACAAGAAGAGAAACAAGCGGGAGAUUGAUUUCAAGGUUGCAGACUUUGCCAACAGCCUGACGCCCUUUGAUCAAGCCAAGGAGAUGAAGUGCCCACCGAGGAACCCAAAUGAACCGGAUGUGGGAUUUUUGAAAGGACUCAGGACUUUGAGGAUUUAUUUUCUACGUAUUCAGCGUGACGUACGGGCAGAGCUCGGGCUGGGCCUGCUGCGGAGGACCGAUUCUAGCUUGCCCGAGAGUGCGGUCACACUGGACGACGACUUUGACGACGGACUUGCCAGCGACUAA